AUGGAAAAAGUGAAAAAGGAAAAGGUGCGCCAUAUCCGUGUCCAUGUUGAAUGUCGAAUAUCGACCGCCUUCGUCUUCCUUCCUCUCACUCUCACCCGCACUCUCACUCUCACUCCUUCAAUCCCUCCCACUGCCUCGCCCGCUCCUCUCAUUCAUAACCGCCGCCUCCUCUACCACCUCGCGAAGCGCUCUCCUCUCCCCUCCCCGAUCACGAUAACGCAUCCAUCGUCCACCCGCCCGUCCGCCCGUCGUUCUUCAGACUUCAUACUUCAUCGGCCCGCGUCAUGUCUCAAAUGCUGCCGAUUCCUUCAAACCUACACCCGUAGGAAGAAGAAGAAGAGAAACUUGCUACUCACUCAGAUUCUUAACCCACCACACCCGUACCAAGCCCGCACACGCGAGCGCGCUGACGACGCCCGCGCCGAGCCGGAUCGCCAUCGUCUGUGCGAGGUGUCUGUCUGUGUUGUCGAGUUCGAAGGAGGGCGAUUCGUAGAUGUUGAGGAUGCGCAUUGUCGGUUCGUUGAUUUGGAAGUUGGUUGGUUGGUUGGUGAUGUGGUUGGUUGGUGA